UGCCUUUUACAAUAGAUUCGAAAACUUCUCUCUCUUGUUUUCUCCGAUCUCUUUCUAAAAAGCUACAGAUUUAAGAUCUUUGUUCCGGUGGCCGGUGGCCUUCCGCCACCGGUCGCCUAACCUUUUGUUUUUUUUGUUUUCGUUGGGUUGUAUUAUACUCUCGUUUUCGCGUAGGUGACUCUCGUUUUCGCGUAGGCGACUCUUUGUUCGCAUAGGCGAUUUUGUUGUGUAGCUUCAUCCAAAUCGGAGUGUUUGUCAUUCCUAUUUUCUCCGAUAAGGUUGAAGAUGAAUAAAGUUCUUGAAAGUUCUUUCCUUUCGCAGUUUCUUCGUGUUUAAUUCCAUCAAUUAUUUGAUUGGAUGCUUUGUUCUUUGUUUCAACUGAACAUCCUUUUAUAAGAGUCAGGCUUUACCGUUUUAUAUAGCCAUAAAUAGGCGUUCAAGGUAAAGCUUCUUUGUCAAGGGAUGAUUGAGUUUUAUUGGGUUUCUUUGGUCCUUUUGAAGAAGAUUUAGCAGAGUUGGUGUUUUGAUAACAGUCCAACAAAAAAUCUAUCUUCAUCGGAUUGAAGUCUCUCUUGAUUAAAUCAACGAAGAAUAAAGAAUUUUCAGUCAAGUAGUUGAGGUUUGAGCGAAAGGUUUUGUGGCAUCAGAGUUUUAAUGAAGAUAUGAGACAGAGAAGGUCCCCAGCUAAAUCUCCAGCAAUUUUGUGAUGCUUGGAUGGAGCAAAGGCCAUGAUUGCCUUAUUUGCUCUGUUCAUAUUUUAGAGAGAUACUCCGGUGGGAGCAGGAAUACGAGUUGCGGUGUAGAGAGAUUUCUGGCGGUGGAGCUCUGAAGCGGUGACUGUGUCAGGCGUUAAAUCCGUGUCAGACACGUGUCCAAGAAGUCUUCCACCUUGCAAAGGAAAAGAGCACGUGGAGAGUUUGAAGCUUCUCGAGUUUCCUUUUUAAAUGGGCUGUAUUUUACUAUUAUUUCUCUGUUUGGGCUUUUAACUUGUAAAAACUUGAUGCCAUCUUGUAAAACAAUGCCUUACGGCAUGUUAAUGAAAACUCAAAGUUGACAAAAAAAAAAAAACCAAACGCCUUUUUUCCACAAAACUUUCAAAAUCUAACCACCUUCUAAAGAAAAAAUGAGACAGUGAAAUUCAAAUUUCAAUUUAGAGUCUGCGAUCUAACCGGCUGAUUUGGCUGAAGAAGCAAAUCGGAGAUGAGCGGUGCGAGACUGUGCUCUCUGGUGGCGGAGCUAGGUUACGAAGGCGCCGGGAAGCUAGACCCUGACAGCUUCGAAUGGCCGUUCCAGUACGACGACGCACGCCCUAUCCUCGACUGGAUCUGUUCCUCUCUUCGCCCCUCCAAUGUCCUCUCCCUCCCCGAACUCUCCCUAUAUGAGCAGUUUCAAAGAGAAGGGAAGCUUUUAGAGGGCGAGGAUCUAGACCAGGCCUAUGAUAGCAUAUCAGCAUUUUCUUCCAGGAGAAAUAAUCAGGAGGCAGUUUUUGGAGCAGAAGAAAGCAUAAAAGAAGUAAGAGAUGCAACUUUGGCGCAUAAGGCUGAAGCUUUGGAGCUGCAGAGGCAGCUAAGAAGGUUACAGACACAAUAUGAUUUACUAACUGGCCAAUCUUCAUCUCUGAUUCAAGGGAGACGUGCUCGAGUUGCUGCUACUUCUGCUGUAACUGGACAGAUAACAGCUAUAGAAGACAGUUUGUCUGCUAGAAAUUUGCAGAUGAAUGGAGUUCUAGGAAGAUUGGCUUCCACUUCUCAAGAGCUGGCGCAUUAUCAUUCCGGCGAAGAGGAUGGAAUCUACUUAGCGUACUCCGAUUUUCAUGCCUACUUGGCUGGAGAUUCAGCAUGCACAAAGGAGCUAAACCAGUGGUUUACUAAGCAGCUGGACACAGGGCCAUACCGUUUAGUUGCAGAGGAAGGAAAAUCUAAAUGCUCAUGGGUUAGUCUCGAUGAUACAUCAAACAUGUUGCGAGCAGAUUUGGAAAAGUCACAACAUGAACGUGUAUCUGAACUGCAGCGGCUUCGAUCCAUCUUUGGAACAAGUGAGAGACAAUGGAUUGAAGCCCAGGUCGAGAACGCUAAGCAACAAGCUAUUCUCUUGACACUGAAAUCUCAAGUAACAUCAGUUGAGGCUCAUAUUCAUUUUGAUCUACAUUCUCUAAGGAGAAAACAUGCAGAUCUAGUCGAAGAAAUCUCGACCCUUUAUCAGAAAGAAGAAAAACUCUUAUCUGAGACUAUUCCUGAACUAUGUUGGGAGCUCGCUCAACUCCAGGACACCUAUAUCUUGCAAGGUGACUACGAUCUAAAGGUCAUGCGUCAAGAACUGUAUAUCAGUAAACAGAAAGUGUUCAUCAAUCACCUGGUUAAUCAGCUUGCAAGACACCAGUUCUUGAAAUUAGCAUGUCAGCUAGAAAAGAAAAACAUGCUUGGAGCAUUCUCUCUGCUAAAAGUAAUCGAAUCCGAACUCCAGGGUUACCUCUCCGCCACAAGAAGCCGUGUGGGACGGUGUUUGUCACUGAUCCAAGCUGCAUCUGAUGUCCAAGAACAGGGAGCAGUGGAUGACCGUGACAGCUUUUUACAUGGAGUUAGAGAUCUAUUGAGCAUUCACUCAAAUGUCCAAGCCGGGUUAUCAACUUAUGUCUCAGCUCCAGCCAUCAUUCAGCAGAUAGUUUCUCUUCAAUCGGAUCUAUCAUCUCUUCAGUCUGACCUCGAGAAUUCCCUUCCAGAUGACAGAAAUAGAUGCAUUAACGAGCUGUGUACCCUUAUUCAGAAUCUGCAGCAACUUCUCUUUGCAUCUUCAACUACGGCACAGCCCAUAUUGACACCAUGGCCGCUGAUGAAAGAACUUGAUGAGAUGGGAAAAAUCAACUCCAAACUCUCUGCAGCAGUGGAGGAGGUAACGUUAGAGCACCGCGAGAAAAGGGAGAUCGUCAAGCAUCACUCCAAGGACGUGGAACUUCAAAGACGAGUAUUCAUGGACUUUUUCUGCAACCCAGAGAGACUUAGAAGCCAAGUGAGGGAACUUAAUGCACUGGUUCGUGCUCGCCAAGCCUCAUCUUAGGUCCUCACCACAAGUAUAUAUAGCACAUGUUAUCUCUCGUUUGCCAAUUCACUUACUCUAUGAUUGUAUACAAAGCGUUUUCUCUCCGUCUUUUUCUCGUUUGCCUGUCUACUCUUCAUUUUCUGAGAUGUCUAUGGAUUUGUACUAUUUACUGCCCGACUUCUAUUGUUUCCAAGUUCCAUGAGCAAAAACAUUUCUAUUUACUUAUCUU